AUAUGGCGGUUGUCUACCGAUACGUCACUGAUUAUUUCUGUUACAGCGACGCAGGUCCUUAACAAAGUGCACAGAAACUGCUCCAGGACCAGUUCUUGGGAUCAACAUUUAAUGCCAGGGAUACUGGGAAACUGCUCUCGAUGGGCGACAUUUUGGCUCUCAGGAGCCGCUCAUCUUAAACGUUCUCCUAUACAUUUGGAACCACAAUGGUGCCUACUUUCACCUUGUACAAGUCGUGCUGUUUACCUGAGCGAGAUCAGCUGACUCGGAUGCACUUGGAUUGCUGUCAUUACGUGUAGCAGAGGAAGGGAAAGGGUACUGCACCAUUCAUUGUGAAGAUACACAGAAUGGAUCUGUCCAAGUUGCCCCGGAUUCGCGAUGAGGAGAGGGAGGGCCAGUUUGGAUACGUGCAUGGGGUGUCUGGACCAGUUGUGACUGCGUCCAGCAUGGCGGGCGCGGCCAUGUACGAGUUGGUCCGCGUGGGACACAGUGAGCUGGUUGGGGAGAUCAUCCGUCUGGAGGGGGACAUGGCCACCAUUCAGGUGUAUGAGGAAACCUCGGGUGUGUCUGUGGGAGACCCUGUCUUGCGCACGGGGAAGCCCCUCUCCGUGGAACUGGGGCCUGGGAUCAUGGGGUCCAUCUUUGACGGAAUUCAGCGCCCGCUGAAGGACAUCAAUGAUCUAACAAAAAGUAUCUACAUCCCCCGUGGCGUCAACAUUGGGGCCCUCAACAGGGACAUUAAGUGGGAGUUCUCUCCCAACAAUAACCUGAGGGUGGGCAGUCAUAUUACAGGGGGAGAUAUCUAUGGCAUGGUGUUUGAGAACUCCCUAAUCAAGCACAAGAUCAUGCUCCCUCCACGAAGCAGGGGUACCGUCACCUACGCAGCUCCCCCAGGGAACUACGAUGUCUCAGACGUAGUGCUGGAGCUGGAGUUUGAGGGGGUGAAGGAGAAGUUCACCAUGGUCCAGGUGUGGCCGGUACGACAGGUGCGGCCUGUCACCGAGAAGCUGCCUGCCAAUCAUCCCCUGCUGACUGGUCAGAGAGUGCUGGACGCCCUAUUCCCGUGUGUCCAGGGCGGGACCACUGCCAUCCCAGGAGCCUUUGGAUGUGGGAAAACGGUUAUCUCGCAGUCCCUCUCCAAAUACUCUAACAGUGAUGUCAUCAUCUAUGUGGGCUGUGGAGAACGUGGUAACGAGAUGUCUGAAGUCCUGCGAGAUUUCCCUGAGCUCACCAUGGAGGUGGACGGGAAGGUGGAGAGCAUCAUGAAGAGAACAGCUUUGGUGGCCAACACCUCAAACAUGCCUGUGGCUGCCCGAGAGGCCUCAAUCUACACAGGGAUCACGCUAUCAGAGUACUUCAGAGACAUGGGCUACAAUGUUAGCAUGAUGGCAGACUCAACCUCACGGUGGGCCGAGGCACUCAGAGAGAUCUCCGGGCGAUUAGCAGAGAUGCCGGCUGACAGCGGGUACCCUGCUUACCUGGGUGCCCGUUUGGCAUCCUUUUAUGAACGCGCGGGCCGAGUGAAAUGCCUGGGCAACCCCGAGAGAGAGGGCAGCGUCAGCAUCGUGGGGGCUGUAUCACCCCCUGGUGGUGAUUUCUCAGACCCUGUGACAUCAGCUACUCUGGGUAUUGUGCAGGUGUUUUGGGGUCUGGAUAAGAAGCUGGCUCAGCGGAAGCACUUUCCUUCAGUGAACUGGCUGAUAAGCUACAGCAAGUACACACGGGCGCUGGAUGAGUACUACGACAAGCACUUCCCUGAGUUUGUGCCGCUGCGCACCAAAGCCAAGGAGAUCCUCCAGGAGGAGGAGGACCUGGCUGAGAUCGUGCAGCUUGUAGGAAAGGCAUCGCUUGCUGAAACAGACAAGAUCACCCUGGAAGUUGCAAAGUUGAUUAAGGAUGACUUCCUGCAGCAGAACGGCUACACCCCCUAUGACAGGUUCUGUCCCUUCUACAAGACAGUGGGUAUCCUGUCCAACAUGAUUGCUUUCUAUGACAUGGCACGGCACGCUGUGGAGACCACCGCGCAAAGCGACAACAAGAUCACCUGGGCCAUCAUCCGGGAGCACAUGGGAGAGAUUCUCUACAAGAUCAGCUCCAUGAAGUUCAAGGACCCUGCGAAGGAGGGCGAGGCCAAAAUUAAGGCAGACUAUGCCCAGCUCCUGGAGGACAUGCAGAACUCCUUCCGCAGUCUGGAGGACUGAGCCCUAACCUCCGUUGCACUACUGUGCAGUAUUGUAGCUCUACCCAGUCCCUGCUGUGUGUCUCUCCCUGCUCUGCAGUACUUCAUUACUACAGAAUCACAUUCCCACUAGUUUCUUUUUUUAUAUGUACUAUUAUUACUGAGGUGCUUGUAAAAUCCUGACCCCUUUCCUGUCUGUCAGGGGGACUGUAGGUGGCUUGUGGACUCUCACUCUCCUUGUGGUGGGGCUAGGAGAACAAUGAAAGCACUUGUAGCAAGCCCCCACUCCUGAGUGCACAUUCCCAGGACUGAAGUGAAGAUCAACGUGGCCUCCCAUGGUUUUUGUCCUGUCAUAGGGGAGUACUGUUCUCUUAUUUAUUCGACAGUUGAGACUGUUUCGAAUGUGUUAGUCCUAUUCUGUGUUCUCCAUCUCAGUUUCACUUGUAGCUAUUUGUGAUGUGUGUUUGAGCCCUGAAGAAUAAAAUUAUU